UGAGGGGCAGACAUGUCUGAGGCAACAACAUUCUACCCAAACAGCUCCGUCUAGUCUGGAAUCUGUUCACCUGCAGGCCACAUGCGAGUGCCCGGAUAUGUGGGCCUAGGGCUCGGGGGGCUCCUGCUCCUGGUUGUGACUGUGCUGUCCAUCUGCCUGUGUCGGCUCCGUGGGAGAGUGAAGAGGCUGGAGAGGAGCUGGGCCCAGCUCUCUCAGCAGGAUCUCCACUAUGCAUCCCUUCUGAGGCUGCCUGUACGGGAGGGACCUGAGCUCGGCAACCAAGAAAGGAGAGGCAGCAAGGAGGACCCCAGCGCAGACUACGCCUGCAUCGCCAAGAACAAACCCACUUGAACACCCCCAGAUGCCUCCCCAACCCAGGCAGGUGGUCAGGGCCACCCUGUGGUUCACCCAGUAAAGAUCAUGGUCUCGCCACCCUCUGUGUCUCAGGCUUCU